GAUGUUUCUGAUGAAUUCUCGAAUGCCGAGCAGGAUUUUUUUUGUAGCCGAGUUUAGUGCGUCGUUCGAGGUUUUCACCGAGUUUUGUAGUGUAAGUGGCUUGUGGUUUACGACUGCUUGCUUGGUCGGAUUAGCUGUGAAUUCGACAGUCUGCUCCUGCGCUUAAGUUUUGUUAAAAUUUGGGGUUGAAUUGACAUAUUUUCCAUGCAGAGAUUCCGCUGCUAUUGGAUUGGUCUGGUAUUACGCAGUGUGAUAGGAUAUGGAUCGAAACGGGAUACACUUACUGGAUAUUUUUCAAUCGCGUGUACAUGAUGUAGAACUGAUGUCGUGUUAACUCAUUGACUGAGACGAAGUUGCUUGAACUUUGACUUUUGAUUCAUCGGCCGUAUUGAAUGUCGAGAUGGCAUUCACUAUUGAUUCGAUUGCGGUGAAUUUUGCGCUAUGAUCUAGAUUGAUAAUUUUCCCUCCACGACUAUCGGAACGUCAUAGAGUUACUUCUUCUUACUACACUCGUCUGGGUUGAUGCAUCACGUUGUGAUUGGUCCCCUGGAAGAUAGCACGACCUACUACUGUAAAUGUGGAGGUGUAGGGGCAGAAUACAGGUUAAAGACCCUUCCACUUCUAGGGCCAGAUGUUCCCAUCAAGUUUGCAGUUGUUGGUGACUUGGGUCAAACCGAAUGGACGAAAUCUACCCUGGAGCACAUUGGCAAUUCCAAUCAUGACAUUCUGGUAUUUGCUGGAGAUUUAUUAUACGCCGACUACUACCAGCCAUAUUGGGAUUCAUUUGGUGAAUUUGUUGAACCUUAUGCGAGAGCGAGACCUUGGAUGGUAACAGAAGGUAACCACGACAUGGAGUCUGUUCCAAUUUUUAUGGAAUCAUUUCGUGCUUACAACACAAGGUGGCAGAUGCCUUGCAUGGAGAGUAGUUCAGAUUCUAAUUUGUACUACUCCUUCGAAGCUGCUGGGGUUCAUGUUAUCAUGCUGGAUUCAUACACAGACUUUGACGUAGACUCUGUCCAAUUCAAUUGCCUAAAGCUAAAAAAGUUUAUUUCUUUCUCUGCAGAUGUUUUGUUUUCAGCCUGCUCGACUUUGUUUCUACGUUAUCUACAUUGCCAUCGUCAUUGUAUUUAUUUACUUAGAACACACUAUUGCAAAUUGCAGGCGGAUCUUAAAAAGGUGGACAGGAGCAGGACGCCAUGGCUCAUUGUGAUUCUGCAUGCUCCGUGGUACAACACAAAUUAUGCUCAUCAGCAUAACGGAGAUGCUAUGAAGAAGGCAAUGGAAAAAGUGCUGUAUGAGGCACGUGUAGACAUCCUUGUUGCGGGUCAUGUACAUGCCUAUGAGCGCACGACACGGGUCUAUGACGAUAACGUGGAUCCAUGUGGAAUUGUUCACGUUACCGUUGGAGAUGGAGGCAACCGGGAAGGAUUGGCUAGGAAGUUCUUUCGGGAUGCACCAGACUGAUCCGUAUUCCGAGAGGCAAGUUUUGGACAUGCUGAGGUCGAUAUUGGGAAUGCAACUCAUGCGCAUUGGACUUGGCACCGUAACGAUGAUGAUGAAGCUGUUCUUGCUGACGAAUUUUGGAUAAAAAGCCUUAGUGCUGGUCAUUCAGAAUGUUUCUUCCAAGAAUCCAGCACCAGGAGGAUUUUGUAACCUGGAUCUUUAAGCCUAGAGAGAGGCCUCAUCACUAAGUCGUCAUCACCAAUAUAGGAGGAAAACGAAACACAACAAAUUUUUUGAAUGCAAAUGAUAGCGACAAAAAUAAUUUAAAGAGCGUUUUCUUUGAAAAACCAUCUCACAAAUCCGAUUCUGAAGAGCGUUCACAAUAUGACAUCACCUUUGAAUUUCGACCUCACCCAUAUUGAGCGGCUCAAUUUUAUGAACAUGGAGUUGGUUCGCAGCAGGGCGGUUGAUUAGCGACAGAAAACGAUUAAGCGGUACGCAAGGAAUGUUCUUCUGGGGAUACUUGCGAGCAGGCACCACUCCUGUAUCGAAUGCAGAUGCUCCGGACUGUGAGCGAUUCCGUCUGGUGGGUGAAGGGAAUUGUUUACAACAGGAGGAGGUGUAUCGGGGGGGGGGGGGACCCACUUGAGUGUGAGGGCGGAAUCGGUGGCAGCAUUGGAGUUCGGUGGAACGCAUGCCCUUCACAUGGAAAAAAAUAAAACUCCAGCGCAUCUUGUGAGUCCCGUGUGAUGCCGAUCUGUACGUGAACGCAGCGGCGUUAUGCAACCAAAGUGGCGAUGAAUGACUGCAUCACGCAAAUCCUGACCCGUUUUGUUUUGUUUGUGUUUUUUUUUCAUGCCUGGCUCUCGCUGCAAUUUCCGUCUCGUCCCUAUGGCUGUGCUCCGCCAUGGGCGAGGCGGCAGAUAUGCUGUGCGAAGCACAAGACAUUGUGUACGAGUACAACAUAUCCCACAAUCUUCUUUAUCUGUUUCCAGGGUUCUUUCAGAAACGAACGCCAGAUUAAAAUUAUUUUAGUCGAAACUGGCAUGCUUUUGUUUGCAAUGAUAAUAAAAAUGAUUAUUUGGUGGUUAGAAUUAUACAUUGAUCCUACCCAUCUAUG